AUGGUUCGCAUGUUCAUAUACAUGCGACAACAAAGGAUGACAGAAGUCAAUUUAUUCGUGGAAGCGUCAAUGGGAGCCGAUGGAGGAACUAUUCCUAAGCGAUGUGAAUUAGUGAAAAAGAAGAAGAAAGCAGAGAAACUAGACAAAAGCGUAAAAAACGCCACGAAAUGGAAGAACUGUCAGUUAUCCCAACAACCACUGAAGAAACCGAUUAUCGUGUGCCGAUAUGGUCGCCUUUACAACAAGGAAACAGUUAUUGAAGCCAUUCUCACGAAGACUAUCCAAAAUUUUGAGGUUGCCUCUCAUAUCAGAGGAAUGAAGGACUUCAAAGAGCUCAGGCUGAAAGAGAACAAAGACUACAAAGGAGAUGAGGUGAAAGGGGAUGAAUACCUUGACUCCAACCAAUCGGAAUUCCUUUGCCCUGUCACCACUUUGCCAAUGAAUGGAAUAAACAGCUUCGUAGUGAACUGGAAGUGCGGAUGCGUGUUUUCGGAAAAAGCACUGCAAGAGGUGAAAUCAGAUGUAUGCCAUGGAUGCUCUGGACCAUGGGAUCCGAAGGAUUCCGUGGUUUUAUACCCCAAUGAAGAGCUUCUUGAAGAGUACAAACAGAAAGUGGCUGCUGAACGUACGGAAAAGAAGAACAAGAAGAAGAACGGCGAUGAGAAACUAAAUGGGCAUAACAGCGAAAAGAACGCAGCUGGCACUAAAGAAGUCAAAAAGCAGGAACAUGACCAUAAGAAGGGCGAGGAAAAAGACAAACUUAAAAAGGGUGAGAAAAGAAAAGCAGAAAGUGAUAUCCAAUCAGACCCAACGAAGUCUGAGGCUUACAAGAAGCUAUUUACCACUUGCAAAGAGGCCAAAAAUAAGCCUACUCAACAUUGGGUUACCUACAAUCCUUUGUACUAUUAA